GUCAGUGAGCUGUGAAGGGCGAACACGCAGAAACCCAGAGCGAGAGAGGAAUUGGGAGUGAUGUGUGGAAUAGCUUUGAUUAUCUCAGGCAUUCGUAUUUGUAAAGCGUCAUCUCUGUUUCUCGAGUCGGCACCUCCAGCCUCUUCGCCCAAGGCUGAGCAACUGGUGUUCUCCAUUGAUGAUCUUAAAGCAGCUCUGCGGGGAAGGGGUCCUGAUAGCUUGAGUAGCAAGAAAGUUUUCCUUUAUUCAAACACUUCAAGCACCGUCAAGGAACAAGAAAUUAUAUCUUUUAUUGAAGGAGAAGAAGAAAAGGAAAGGGACCAGGCUUACUUGCAACGUUUUGAGAAGAACAAUAAAUGCUUAUUUGGUGCAGAUGGAGAAGCACAUGACCUAGAAAAUGGUUUUCCCAAGUUUGCAGCAGAACUUCAAUUUGUUGGCGCCACAUUACAGCUCAGGGGGAUUAAUCCUAUUGUACAGCCCUUGGUGGAUAUAUCUGGGAAUAUUCUUUUAUAUAAUGGUGAAAUAUUUGGAGGAAUUUACAUUAACAGCGAUAGCAAUGAUACUGAAAUUCUUCUGCAAGCCCUGGGAAAGUGCUGCUCCUCCAAUUCCCAUUUAUGCACAAUAACAGACUCUUGUGAUGACAAAAGACAAAGUUCCGUUCCAGGUGUUCUUUCUGCAAUUAAGGGUCCAUGGGCUGUCAUCUAUUGGCAGGAAAGUUCAAAAACCCUUUGGUUUGGUCGAGAUGCAAUUGGUAGACGGAGCCUUCUUGUUCACUGGCCAACUUUGGAGGAUGGUCGCUUCCUGCUAUCUUCUGUAUCACCAGUUUCUUCCAUUGAGCAGAGCUCUGGUAUUGAAGCUGAAAAUGGAUUUAACAAACUUAAAUUCUGGGAAGAGCUUCCAUGUGGGAUAUACAGUGUAUAUUUUGGUUCUCCUAAAUCAGAUGGGUUUAUUGAUGGUGAAGUCAGAAAACAUGAAUGGAAAAAUGCCAUGGUAAAAGAACUGCUUGAUUGGGAGAGAGUUUCUGUUGAACCCAAACCUGAAGAUAUAAAGGUUUAUCAUUGUAAGAUUGCGAGAGAGCAGCAUGGUAUGCAUUCAGCACAUUCAAAUAUAUUUCCAUCCAAAUCAGGGCCUUCUCAAGCUUCAAUUGAAGGGCCAGCAAAGGCUGUGCUGAUUGCUUUAAAGGAAUCUGUGAUGCGCCGCACUUCACUGCAUACAAUUUUUCAGGCAGUUACCUGUGAUAUAAGACAAGAGGCACAUGCACCAGUGGCAGUUCUCUUCUCUGGUGGAUUGGAUUCAAUGAUACUUGCAGCAUUACUGGAUGAAUGCCUAGAUCCAAGCUAUGAGAUUGAUCUGCUUAAUGUGAGCUUUGAUGGUCAGUCUGCUCCUGAUAGAAUUUCUGCCAAGGCAGGAGUAAAAGAGCUGAGAAGAAUUGCACCAUUGAGAAGGUGGAAUUUGGUGGAGAUUAAUGCUGAUUUAUCAAAAUUGGACCUUGAAACAAAGCAUGUUAUGUCGCUAAUAAAUCCUGCAAAUACUUACAUGGAUCUCAAUAUAGGAAUAGCUUUAUGGUUGGCUGCUAGAGGCAGUGGUUGGGUGUAUAAAGGUAAUAACAAUGAUAUUGACGAGGAUCUUGAAUGUGUCGAAUACAAGUCCAAGGCCAGGAUUGUCCUUGUUGGUUCUGGUGCCGAUGAGCAAUGUGCUGGCUAUGGUAGGCAUAAAACAAAAUACAGACAGGGAAGUUGGCUUGGACUACAAGAGGAAAUGAAAUUGGACAUGCAGAGAAUUUGGAAGAGAAACCUAGGAAGAGAUGAUAGAUGUAUUGCUGAUAAUGGGAAAGAGGCUAGAUUUCCUUUCUUGGAUGAAGAUGUUAUAAGGACUUUGCUUAAUAUUCCUUUGUGGGAGGUUGCCAACCUGGAUCAACCUAGUGGAACCGGUGAUAAGAAAAUUCUGAGAGAGGUUGCGCAAUUGCUUGGUUUAUAUAAAGCAUCAGUUCUGCCUAAAAGAGCAAUUCAGUUUGGUACAAGAAUUGCACGGGAAUCAAAUCGAAAGAAUUUUGGUAGUAACCGUGCAGCAAAUCAGGCAUCGGCAGGCAGUGCAGCAAUUCACAUGCCAUCAAAUUUGACUUGAGACUGCCCAUGCUUAAUCCAUGGCAUGUAUUCCUCUCUUUCCUUCAAGAAUUCCAUGUGCUUGGGUCUGGAGUUCCUAUAUUUGGUCCCGGCUCUGAAAUUAAACGAGGACAAUGGUGACAAUGAGCCGGCAACAUUGUUUUGGUGCACAGGGGCACGUUAUGUUCUGCUGGCUGGCAUCAUAAAAUCUUUCCUUUUUUCCCUACAAAUUUGAGUGUGUUUUGUUGUAUUAAUUGGGAUUUGAGAAGAUUAUAGUUUCUUUAGUUGAUCCUGUCUUUAUUUAUUUAUUUUUCAGUUGGGGUCUA